AUGGAAGAACGUUCAACUCCACCUCCGUUUGAAGAAGAAACUACGAACAAAGCUGACUACACUGGUCAUGUUGUUAUGCCACAGUAUUACGAUGAAUAUGCCUAUUCAGAUUAUUAUUACGAACCAGAGAAGGUACCAUUUGUGGAGACGACCACUCACAAAAGAGAGUUCACUCCUAAAAAAGUAACGGUAGAACGACGACGAACCCAAAGCAUGGAAGCAGCUCGCCCUCACGGUAUAAAGAUGGAAAGUGACACUACCAACAGACACGACUUCACCAAGAAAAGCUCGGUAAGGUCAAAACAUAGCUUUGAACAUAUUGUUGUAUAUGAUAUUAUUAAUCUCCUUUGUCAUGUACUUUAACAUAAACUUUCAGACCUGUCCUGCCAGCCAUCUCAAACUGAAGAACGGCCGAACCGAGAACGGCCACAUCUACUUUGUACAACGCAAAAACACAGGCAACAAGAAACGGUAA